CUCUCCAAAUAUUCCCCGUCCCCAGGGAGAGAGACGGAGGAAGAGAAAAGCUUUCUCUGAGGUCGCUCAUGGCGGAAUCAGGGUUUCUUCUGUGAGCGAGACAUCCCCUUUUCCCCUCAUCUUGUCACCGAUCCAUCAAACCCCCCACCUUCUUCAAUUGAUCUCACAGGAAAAUUCGGUCAUGAUUCCGUGGGAUGGGGGUUAGGGUUUCGUUUGCCCCCGAUUCGACUGCGUCUCCUUUCCCCCCUUGAGCGAAUCCAAGAGAAAGAGAGCCAGCCGCUAGUGCUGCGAGUUUUCUUCAUGAGAUGGCUUCUUCUCAGCAUGUUGAAGUCGAGGCAGCCAAACUUUUGCAUAAACUUAUUCAAGAAUCAAAGGAUGAGCCUGCUAAGUUAGCAACAAAGCUCUAUGUGAUAUGCCAACAUAUGAAAUUAAGUGGAAAGGAGCAAUCAUUGCCGUAUCAAGUUAUAUCGAGGGCCAUGGAAACUGUUAUAAGUCAGAACGGUCUUGAUAUUGAUGCUUUGAGAUCUUCUCGAUUUCCAUUUGCUGGUGGGCCUCACACGGGUGAGCUGGGACAUAUGAGAUCAAAGGACAAAGAGACAAUUGAAAAUCAAUUACCUACAGGUGGAAUUGAUCUGCCUCGUAAAAGUAUGCCCGCUAGCACAUGGCAAGUUGCUUCAAGUAGUCAAACGAAGGAAGAAGCUUAUGCUGGUUCUUUUCAAAGUUAUGGUAUGGUGAAAGAUUCUUUAGCAGCUUCAGGUGCAACAGAUGUGGCUAGGCAUGAGGUACUUAUUUCAAACAGGCCAACUGCGGGAAUAAGUAGGAUGGACAGUAUGGGAGCUGACCCUCAUCAAGGGUCUGUUUCUCAGAAAAGCAGCAAGUCUUCUGAGCAUGAAAGUCCAGCUAGUGUCCCGAUGGAGGAUACCAGAUCUGCAAACUCCCAGGAAAGGCAUGACACUUUAAAACAAGAUCAAGUGAACAAGAAAGAAGUUAAAAAAUCUGGUGCCAAGCGAAAAAGGGCAGAUUCAAGAGCAGCUGUUGAUGUUCAUUCUGAGAACCCCCAUCAGACAGAUGUUCUUGCUACAGGACAUAACUCAAGAAAGGGGAAGCAGGUAGAUAAAGGUCGUAUGCAGGGUGCAUUUGCUGUUAAAGUUGGUGAUAAUGAACAAGGAGGUUCUGUUCAGUAUGCUGGUCAACCAGAGCACUUUACAUCAUUAUCUAGUGGUGCUGGAUCGCUCUACAAAGCCAAAGUAGAAAAUGCCCAGGCUUUCUCUGAGAGGACUAUGGACAAAAUUAAGAACCCAAGUUCAUUUCCUGUAACUCCUGCUUCAAAACUUCAAGAAGGAGAAGUGUCUUCUGCACAUAGGGCUCUUGGGCUGCAGAAAGGAGCUCUACUGCCGCCUAGAACCAAUACUUUUGGCCCUGCUUAUGUCUGGAACCAGAAUAGAUUCUCACUGUCAUCAGAAAACUCUCAAGGUUCUGUUCCUGGUUUUGUGGAAACUUCUCCUGGAGUCAAUAGUGAAGCUAUUUAUACUGGAAAUGAAUCAAAAAUCAACUCAAGUGAGGUAACAAUUGAUGGCUCAAAGCCUGUAAGGUUGCCUGCAAACCAUGCACAUGGUAUGGGGAGACUUAAUGUAGGAACAUCUGGUGCUUUCAGCUCUUUUGCGAUGGCAAAGAUGGGUUUUCCUCCGCCAGCACAUUUUGCAGGUUCUCCGUUUGAGGGUCAUGAGUUUGCUUCAAAAAUGCACUUGCAAAGAAGUUUUGAGGCCUCAGGUUUUCAUUUGUCAGAAAAAGGCAAGGAUGUGAUUGCUCUCAAUAGUGGCAUUGAAUUCCCCUCAGGUGUUUCUGCAAAAGCUGCAGCUGAUUCGGAGAUCAUGAAAUCUGGCAUCAUGAGAGAUGGAACAUCACGAUAUUCUGAUAAGUUUUUGGAAGCCCAGGGAGGUGGAAUUCAAGAGCUACAGAACAGGGACAAUGUUCAAGUGAAAGCUGAGACAGUUCAACAGAGUAGUCAACAUUUCUUUGUUAAACCGAGCUCAGAGGCCAAAUUAUAUGGCGAACCAAAAAAUAAUGCAGAAAUAAGUACUCUAAGAAGUGCAACUCCUAAAGAUGUUGGAACAGGUCUUGUGCGUCAAGCCUCUGCUUCUUCAAACAUGCCUUUUAAGGAGCAGCAAUUGAAACAGCUUAGAGCUCAGUGCCUUGUAUUUCUUGCAUUCAGAAAUAAUUUGAUUCCUAGGAAGCUACAUCUUGAAAUUGCACUUGGGGGAAGCUACUCCAAAGAAGGUGGCAUUGCAGAUGGAACUAACAAAGGCUUGAGUGACAGCAGGGUGGCAGAUACAUCUUCAAAGGAGCCUGGUAACAGUCAUGAGAGUUCUGUUAUGUCCUGUAGAGCUAAUGAUAUUGCAAAUAUACCACCGGGUACUCCAUCUACUGGAAGUAUAGUGGAGACAGACUCAUCAUCCAAGGAUACAGAAAACACAAAGAAGAAAAGCAAGAAAUUCACAACUUUGGAGAAUUCCAUGAUGACAGAAGAAAAUAGGCGGCCUCCAGUUUUUAAACAAAAAACUGAUUCUGAAAUGCGGAUUCAGGAAACUGCAGAAUCACAUGUAGUGUUAGUCAUGCCACAAGAGCCCGAUUCUCUGAUUCAUGCUGGAAAAGGUGCCUUGGACAAUCAUCGUGAUAGGGAGGGUCCAGAGAAUGCGAAUCAACAAGCUGCCUGGACAAACCAAGUUACAUCUGUAUUAGGUGGCAAUAAUCCACCUCCCAAGCUUGAGGGGACUGUUGCAACAAGAACCGGUAUUUAUGAUGACCCUUCUAAAGAAUCACUGGCAACUGUGGUGGCUCAUCGAGAAGCUUAUUUUAAUCAAUCUCAUAUCAUCGAUAGCCAUGAUGGUACAGGUAGGUUAUUUAAGCCAGAUGCUCCAAUGCCAGAGUCCCACACACUAGCAGAUAAAUACCAGUCUUCAACACUAGUAAAAGAGCAGAAUCCACAGAUUGUAGGAAGUAAAGUUGAAAACCUCAAGCACAUGGUGAACCCUUCAAAGGAUGUAAACAUGUUUUUCUCUCAUGUUAGUCCUGCAGAAAAGCUUUCCGCAGCUUCUGAGUCAAUAAUCUCUAAUGGUCUACCCAAUAUUUAUGCUGUAAGUAAUGGGCUGAAUGAACAGAGAGUUUCUGUUAUCCAAAAGCAGUGCGGUUCUGAUGGAUUCAAGACUUUGACCAUCAAUGAUACGGUAAAACAUGGAAAUCUGGAGAUAAUGCUGGAUAAAUCUGCUGAUCAAGAAGAGGGGAACAAAUCAUCAUCUGAUGAGAUUCCUUCUUCUCCUCCAAAGUACUGUACCUCAGAAAAGUGGAUUAUGGAUCAGCAGAGAAGGAAACUUAUUGCAGAGCAAAAGUGGGCAUUAAAGCAGAGGAAGGCCGAGGAAAGAAUUGCAGCAUGUUUUGACAAGCUAAAGGAAAAUGUGAGUUCCUCAGAAGAUCUCUCUGCCAAGACAAAAAGUGUUAUUGAAUUGAAAAAGCUUCAACUUCUGCAGCUUCAACGUCGUUUACGCAGUGAUUUUCUGAAUGAUUUUUUCAAACCAAUCACAUCUGACAUGGACCGUUUGAAAUCAAUCAAGAAACAUAGACAUGGAAGGAGAAUGAAGCAACUUGAAAAAUUUGAACAGAAAAUGAAGGAAGAGAGGCAAAAGCGAAUUCGUGAAAGACAGAAAGAAUUCUUUGGUGAAAUAGAAAUCCAUAAAGAGAAACUAGAGGACUGUUUCAAGGUCAAGAGAGAGCGCUGGAAGGGUUUCAACAGAUAUGUGAAAGAGUUCCAUAAAAGGAAGGAACGAAUACAUCGAGAGAAGAUUGACAGGAUCCAGCGUGAGAAGAUUAAUCUACUAAAGAACAAUGACGUGGAGGGAUACUUGAGAAUGGUUCAGGAUGCAAAAUCAGAUCGCGUUAAACAGCUCCUCAAAGAGACAGAGAAGUAUCUUCAGAAGCUGGGUUCAAAGUUACAAGAUGCUAAGGUGAUGUCAAGGCGGUUUGAGAUGGAAAUGGAUGAUAGCCGAGCAGUUAAUUUUGUUGAGAAGAAUGAUUUUUCAGAUGACGAUGAAGAUGAAUGCGACCAGGCUCAGCAUUAUCUGGAAAGCAAUGAAAAAUACUAUAAGUUGGCUCACAGUGUAAAAGAGAUAAUAAAUGAGCAGCCAAUCUCUCUUCGGGGUGGAAAAUUGCGGGAGUAUCAGAUGAAUGGUUUGCGUUGGUUGGUCUCCUUGUACAAUAACCACUUGAAUGGGAUUCUAGCAGAUGAAAUGGGACUAGGAAAAACUGUUCAAGUCAUUUCUCUGAUAUGUUAUCUUAUGGAAACAAAAAAUGAUAGGGGCCCAUUUCUUGUUGUAGUACCAUCAUCUGUACUUCCUGGAUGGGAAUCUGAAAUCAGCUUCUGGGCACCUGGUGUAAACAAAAUUGCAUAUGCUGGUCCUCCUGAAGAGAGGCGUAGAUUAUUCAAAGAAAUGAUCAUUCAUCAGAAAUUCAAUGUUCUUCUAACAACUUAUGAAUACCUGAUGAACAAGCAUGAUAGACCAAAGUUAAGCAAAAUUCAUUGGCAUUAUAUAAUAAUUGACGAAGGCCAUCGCAUUAAGAAUGCAUCCUGUAAGCUCAAUGCAGACUUGAAGCAUUACCAGAGCUCUCACCGCUUGCUCUUGACUGGAACACCUCUACAGAACAAUCUUGAGGAGCUUUGGGCACUUCUCAAUUUCUUGUUACCUAAUAUUUUCAACUCAUCAGAGGAUUUCUCACAAUGGUUUAAUAAACCAUUUGAGGGUAGCGGUGAUAACAAUCCUGAUGAAGCUUUACUUUCUGAGGAGGAGAAUCUUUUGAUUAUAAACCGCCUUCACCAAGUUCUUCGACCUUUUGUACUUCGAAGGCUGAAACAUAAGGUUGAGAAUGAGUUGCCUGAGAAAAUUGAAAGGCUAAUAAGAUGCGAAGCUUCUGCUUAUCAAAAACUUUUAAUGAAAAGAGUGGAGGAGAAUCUUGGUUCAAUUGGAAAUUCAAAGGGUCGUUCCGUACAUAAUACUGUGAUGGAAUUGCGCAAUAUAUGCAAUCACCCAUACCUCAGUCAACUUCAUGCUGAAGAGGUUGAUACUUUUUUACCUAAACAUUAUUUGCCUUCUCUUGUGAGACUUUGUGGAAAGCUUGAAAUGUUGGACCGCUUGCUACCCAAGCUCAGGACAACUGAUCAUCGGGUUCUACUUUUCUCCACAAUGACGAGAUUGCUUGAUGUUAUGGAGGAAUAUCUGGCUUGGAAACGUUAUAAGUACCUUCGUCUGGAUGGACACACUUCAGGACAUGAACGUGGAGCUCUCAUCGAGGAAUUCAAUCGUCCUGACUCAGAAUUUUUUAUAUUUCUGCUAAGUAUUCGAGCUGGAGGCGUAGGAGUAAAUCUUCAAGCAGCUGAUACUGUCAUCAUAUUUGACACUGAUUGGAAUCCUCAGGUUGACCUCCAAGCACAGGCAAGGGCCCAUAGGAUUGGCCAAAAGAAGGAUGUACUUGUUCUACGGUUAGAGACGGUUCGCACUGUAGAAGAACAAGUUAGAGCUGCAGCUGAGCACAAACUAGGUGUUGCUAAUCAGAGUAUAACUGCAGGCUUUUUUGACAAUAACACAAGUGCUGAAGAUCGAAGGGAAUAUUUGGAGUCCCUCCUUAGGGAGUGCAAGAAAGAAGAGGCAGCUCCUGUUUUAGAUGAUGAUGCUCUCAAUGAUCUCCUAGCCCGCAGUGAAUCUGAGAUUGAUGUUUUUGAAUCUGUUGAUAAACAAAGGCAUGAAGAAGAGAUGGCAGCAUGGCAGAGAUUGGUGCAGGGAAGUUCAACAGAAGGGCUGGAGCCGUUACCGCUGCCUUCUCGUCUUGUUACAGAUGAGGACCUGAAGCCUUUUUACAAAGCUAUGAUGAUAUAUGAAUCCUCAAAUGUCAAUGUAAAAAGAAAAGGUGAAUAUCUUGGGGGCCCUGACACACAGCAAUAUGGAAGGGGUAAACGGGCUCGUGAGGUCCGCUCUUAUGAAGAUCAGUGGACAGAAGAAGAAUUCGAAAAACUUUGUCAGGUUGAUUCCCCAGAUUCACCCCAACCUACAGAAUUACCAAAAGAUCCGAGUGCGACAAAAGAUUCAAGUGGCCCUAAAGUGAGUGCCUUGGAGGUGCAGUCAUCUUCAUCGAAAAAUCCCUCGGCUACAUCCAAAGAGUCAUUGCAGCCAUGUAAGGAGCCACCACCUCCAGCAAAACGGGGAAGGGGUAGACCAAAGAGAUCAGCUACAGAUGUCACACCAUUUCCAGCUGCUUUGCCAUCAAAUAUUAUCAGCGCACAGGAAAUGGGAACUCAGAGAGAAAAUCUUGCUGUUUCCUCAACAGUUGCUGUACUAGAUCCUGUUUCUACAAAGGAAACUACUGGGCAUACACAGCAUGAGGUUGGUGUAGGAACUACUGCCUUUCUGACAUCACCUGGCCCUGCCGUGUCAGUUCAAGCUAAGGGUCGGAAGACUCAGAGUGGACAAACACCUCGAGGGCAUGGCAGAAAACAGAAGUCCAUGUCUUCUGCUGCUGGUGCUCAAGCUAAUACAGUUACUGGACCUCUAAAGGGUAUCGAAGCAGCAAAUAAUAAAUCUGCAAUUUCUGCAUUUGCCCAAGAGAGUCCAAGUUUUGAUAAAAGUUCAGGAAUUGCGAAUGCUCCUCCUACAGGCUACCAGGUUAACCCAAUUUCAAGAUUGCAGAAAGUUGUUGACACUGCCUCUGGCAGAGCCUCCAGUUCAGCACAAGUACCAGAGAAAUUUAAGAACGCUUUACCUGCUGUGGACAUGAGAGUAGGAAGAGGAAUGCCGGCUUCUGAGACUAAACCAUCUUCUAUUGGAAUGAAAUUGACAGCAAGUGCGGAUGGUAUGAGCUUCAUGCAGUCAAAUAUGCAUGAUAAUGUGAAAGGUGUUGUGGGGCAAGCUGGUCCAGGUCAAAUGUCUGGGCCAUUUGCAUCUGCUAUGCCUGUGUUUGCACAAGAUUUGAAAGAAGAGAGAAAUCAUAUGGGGACAGAUGUGGUAUCUACUGAUAAGCAGAAACCAGCUGAAAUACAAGAUGAAUCUUCUCUUCGAAGUACCCAGAAAAUAACAUCUGGUUCUAAUGUCAUGUCAACUGAGAAGCAGAGCCCAACUGAGAAACAAGAUGAUUCUUCUCUUGUGAGCACCCAGAAAGCAAUGGCUAGUGUUGAUGUUAAAUCUAGUGGGAAGCAGAAACCAAUUGAAAUAACAAGUCCUGAUGUUAAAUCCAGUGAGAAGCACAAAUUAGUUGAAAAGUCACAUGUUGCUUCCCUUCAAAACGUCCUUAUAGUAGAACCUCAUAGUGAUGCCCUGGCUAGUCCUGUGAGUGGUGCAAGUAGUGACAAAGCCACCUCCAGUGAUCAGCUACAGUGCCUGACGCCUGUUGAAGUCAUCAAACACCAGGAACAUGUAAACCUUGACAUAGGGCCAGCUAUGAUGUCUGAGAGCAUGAAGCAUGGAAAAAUACUGGUUGCUGUCCCUUUAGGUCAAAUGCAAUGCUCUCCUGUCCCUAAUGUAACCCAAAGAGUAGCUGAGACCAAGGCUUCAGUUACAAGGAAAAAGGCCACUUCUCGCGAACCAAGAAAUAGAAGCAAUUCAGCAACAGCAGCUUGUGAACGCCGUGCUCGACUUACAGGAUUGAAGCAGGCAGAAGGGUCAAAGAAGGUGGAGAGUAAGGGAAAAUCUGUAAAGGCAGUCAUUGUGAGAGAGAAACAGGAGACUGACAACAUUAAAGCAUGUACAUUUGUCACUGUUUCUGGUUUGGAAGAGAAAUUGCCAGAGAUUCAGGUCCCUGUUACUCCUUCAACCCAGAUGGAAAUUUCAUCUGAAAAGUCAGAACUAUCCAAACAAUUUAACAGGCACUCUGAUAUAUGUGCAAUUGAAGAAAGAUCUGCCAGUGUGAGUGGGACAACUCUUGCAACUGCCAAAUCAGAAAUCAAAUUGGUCCAAGAUAAUGUGCUUGGUACUGAUGUUGAUCUUAUUAAAUCACCAACCCCUGGUGUAAACGAAAUUUUGCCAUUAAACACUAUCAGAUCAUCUUCAACGAACACAGAAGCAGGGAAUGUUACAGGUAAAACUUCUUUUACACAGACAGAGGUACCUGAAUCAUCCACAGGAGAUAAAAACAGUGCCUUAUUACAUGAUCCUGUGGAAUCUACAUUAAAGAACAAUGCAGAUAUAGAACUUGAGUCGUGCAAGGCUGGAACUGCUGUAGACCCGGGGGAGUCUGUGAUUCUGACUUCAGAACCAAAGACUCUUGCAAUAGGCAAAACAGUUAAUCAACUAGCAAACCUACCCAGUGAGACUGCCAUGCAGCAGCUGUGCACAAGAAAUGCAUCUCAAUCGUGCCAAGUAGAUGGUGGACCUGAGGUUCUCAAAACUAAUGCUAAAGAAACUUCCUUGUUGGAAAGUGAACAUGUGAUCUCCACAGAAAUGUGCUCUGUGCAUCCAAGUAGCUGUGUCAUCCCACCUGGUGUUGAAUUUGCAGAGGAGAAAGAUGUGGAGGUUGGCGAAACUCCAUCUGAUUUCAUUUCUGUGAAGCUUGGUGAAUAUCCAUCUAACCUCAGUUCUGGAGUUGCCAAAGAGAAGGAAAAAAUUGUGGAGGUUGGUGAAGUCCCUCGUGUCCGUCCUCAAGUUGUGCAAGUCAUCGCAGAUGCAAGGCAAAGUGACAAUGAUAAUCACCUUUCGCAGACUAGUACAGAAAUGAACUGUUCUGUACGUCCUGGUUCUGAAGUUAAUGCUUGUCUUUUGAAGGAUGAGCUUAUGGUUGAUGUGGAAAAAACAUCACUCGAUCAAUCUUGUUCGGAAAGUCCGAAGACACAGGCUGGCGAUGGACCUUCACUGCCUGUGAUAGCAGUUGCAGUUAAGGGCGAAGAACUGUCUCCAGUAGUGGCUGAAACAGACACUGGAAGCAAGCCAACAUGUACACCGAAAGAAAUCUUAACAGGGUCUAUUGCAAAUGAUGUCUGCCCGGAAAUCAUUUGUGCUACUGCUGCAAUAAAUGAUAACUUUAGCCAUAGUGAGUCAAUAAUGAAAGAAGACUCUUUCUCUGCCUCGGUUGCAAGUAAUGUUGCCAGCAAUGAUGAGCAAGCAUCUGAAGCUAGGAUUACUGCUGAAUUUCCAAUUGGCGAGCCAACCGAGUGUGAUCCUUCUGCAAGUAUUCCAGUUGAUCAAUCCAUGACAGAAAUGAAACCAGAUAGCUCUGCCAGCAAGUAUAGUUCUCCAGGUGAAACUGUUCCUGUGGCUGAAAUUAACAAUCAUCCCAUAUGGAAUUGUCAUUCAUCAGCAACUGCUCUACCAGAGACUAGCAUAUGCAGGGCAACUGAAUGUGCACCGGACAAGCAAGAAACCAAGUGGGGUGUUAGUGAAGUGGCUGUAACGGGAUCUGUUGCUACAUAUAAAAAAUCAGAGCAAAUUCAGAAUGCUAAUGACAUUGCAGAAUGCACUGCGGUAAAAUUGUCAGAUGUUCCUGUGUCAGGACAGACCCAUCAACUGGAUCAGCAAGUAGACUUGCCUGCUCAUAUUAUUCAAACAGAUAGUUCUUGUGAAACUUCCACUGCUAAAGAGACAGUAGAUUGUUGUACUGGGUUAAAUUGUGAUAAUGUUUCAAAUUUGCCUGGUCGAACAUUGGAGAGAGAUGGUGAGCCUACCAACAAGAGUUGUAGUGAUGAUCUAACGCCUGAGGGUCCGAGUAAAGAGAUCUCUGGUCACCGAGAUGUGGACCCUGACGGUAAAGAUAGUGGUCCGGCAGAAAUGAAUUGUUCUGAAGACCAAGCUGCUCCUGGUGCAGCCCCCACAGAAAUCCAUAAUUGAAAAGAAGCCAUAUGUGGACAAAGCAGCAGAGCUUAAUGCAGAAUAUGAGCAAGAAAUGGAGAACUUAGAUGAAGAAAAUGAGAAGUAUGCAGAGCUAUUCUCUUCCCUUUAAUCCCAUCUCUUUUGCUAGAGUAAGCACAUUUCUACACGUUUCCUAAGGAAAAAAAGAAUAAAAAGAGGAGUCUGAAAAGGAAGAAGAGUGGGGAGCAGAGGAUUUUGAUGCUGGAAUGGUCUUAGCAAGAAUAGUUCUAUUUUUUUUUUCACCUGUAAACUUUGAUGAAUUUUGUUGCUUGGACACAAGGGCUUUGUCCCUGUAAAAUAGUUGGUUACCUUACAGUAAGCAAAUGUGGAAGCUAUUCUAAGUUGUUAGCCCUUCACUUGGAUGGUAUUGGCGAUAGUAUUCCACUUGUUACAUGGCUUGUCAGCUUUUUGCCAACCUAUCCUGUAGCAAUACUCUGCAUUACAAGUUCAACUUGUUCCCAGCUGUUCUCCUUUGGGGACAUACAGUGUUGCCCUAGCCUAUUCUAUCAGUGCUUUUGUGUUGUUCA